CUGUCGCUCGCCCGCUCGGCUGCGGCGCCGCUGAGGGAGUCGCUGACUUGGGGAUUGGCGGAUUUGGGGAGCGCACUCGCUGCGGGGACCAGAGUGAGGCAGCAAGAAUCACUCAGCAACAAUGUCAGCAGAAGUGGAACCCUCCGAGGGGGUGGACGAGUCAGAGAAAAAGAACUCUGUGGCCUCAGACAAGGAAAACCAUGCCAGAGUGGCUGACCUUUCUGAGCUCCUGAAGGAAGGGACCAAAGAAGCACAUGACCGGGCAGAAAAUACCCAAUUUGUCAAGGACUUCUUGAAAGGCAACAUUCAAAAGGAACUGUUCAAGCUUGCCACCACUGCACUUUACUUCACAUACUCUGCCCUUGAGGAAGAAAUGGACCGAAACAAGGACCACCCAGCCUUCACACCCCUGUAUUUCCCCACGGAGCUGCACCGGAAGCAGGCACUGAUCAAGGACAUGGAGUAUUUUUUUGGUGAAAACUGGGAAGAGCAGGUGAAGUGCUCCGAGGCUGCCCAGAAGUAUGUGGAGCGGAUCCACUACAUAGGGCAGAAUGAGCCGGAGCUGCUGGUGGCCCAUGCCUAUACCCGUUACAUGGGAGACCUCUCAGGAGGCCAAGUGCUGAAGAAGGUAGCCCAGCGGGCACUGAAACUUCCCAGCACUGGGGAAGGAACCCAAUUCUACCUGUUUGAGAAUGUGGACAAUGCCCAGCAGUUCAAGCAGUUUUAUCGGGCCAGGAUGAAUGCCCUGGAUCUGAACCUGAAGACCAAAGAGAAGAUCGUGGAGGAGGCCAACAGGGCCUUUGAGUAUAACAUGCAGAUAUUCAAUGAACUGGAUCAGGCUGGCAGCAUGCUGGCCAGAGAGACCCUGCAGGAUGGGCUCCCGAUGCAUGACGGGAAGGGAGACGUGCGCAAAUGCCCCUUCUACGCUGCUCAACAAGACAAAGGUGCCCUGGAGGGCAGCAGCUGCCCCUUCCGGACAGCCAUAGCUGUGCUGAGGAAGCCCAGCCUCCAGUUCAUUUUGGCUGCCUGUGUGGCCCUGGCUGCUGGACUCUUGGCCUGGUACUACAUGUGAAGGACCUGUCCUGUCAUGCUGGCAUCCUCUUCCCAAGAGACCACUGUCCCAACCCCCCCAAUCUCCACCCGACUAAAUUACCACCUCAGGUGACUUUUCUAAAUGCUGGGUUUGAGAAAACAAGCAAACAAUAAAAGCCAGACACUAGAGCCUUU